CAGAUAUUUUGCACACAUUUCUGCACUUGCUUGGUGUGCUAUUUCAAGAAUCUCCCGUGUCUUUGUGUGCGACACAGUAGGGUAACCAAGGCCGUGAUCCGGAAUCUUUCUCAUAUUUUGCUCCAUCGCUCCACGUCGCCAGGGAGGCCUUUGCACUUACUCAGUUCAAGAUUUUUCUACCAUUUCAUCCGCAACUCUAUCAGUUGAAUGGCAGGGAGAUCAGAAUUUUAGAGAUCCGUGUCUGUUUGAUUCUCAGUCAGACUUGGCGAACUGGACAGUCGUAAGGAACUUAACGAGUUGUUCCCGUCCGAAGUUCUACGAGACACUCUCUGGAUCAUUUUAGCUGAAAAAUCCGUUCCGGUCCACUCCCUAUCGUGGCAGAGAAUAGUUCCACGGUGCUUCGAGGUUGACUUAAUGCGACAAGGCGUGCAGAUAAGCCAGUGAGUCUCAGUAAAAAGUGAGACCUCGCUCCUGCCGCAGCAGACUCUAUCCAGUCUCUUCCUCAACGAUGCUUACGAACUGAAGCGUUUCCGAUCUCUUCGGCCCAUCUGUCUCAGUCCUCUGCACAUAACAGAGUCGUUUGGUCUGCCGGUGCAUUGCUUUUGUCUCUUUGCUCCCGCGCACGGUAGAGGUUACCUCCUGUCUUUCAUCUGAGACCCUCCACUGUUUUGCCGACCGCGGACGCGUCACAAGAGGUUCAUCCUCACUGCUUUCAACCGUGGAUCCGCAACAUUGGCAGAAAAGUGCCGGGUUGCGCUUGCACGUCUGCUGAAGACCGUGAAGCUUUGUGAGGGCGGCGGCUCCGCCGAGUUUGUGGCUGAGCAGCAGGAGUUGCAUUUUCGUAUGGAUUCACCCUAUGCGAGGACUCUCCGUUGAAUCUCUCUGCAGUCUGGGACACGGGCACCGUCUUUGCGCUGCUUAGGCCUGGUCGGUUGGUCGACAGCUGAAAGAUGAAACGAGACUUUAGGUGCGGGAGUCUCUGUGGAGAAGCAACACCUCAUCCCCGGUCUACAACGUACAGCGACAUCUCGUACAGGUCUAGGGCCGUCAAUUAACUCUCAUACAGCGGGAGAGCGCCGGCCUAACAGAUCGCUCGAGCAGCGCUCAUCAACGAAGAAAGAACACUUCGCCCUUGACACAUUGCAGCGGGUGUUUCAGCUUUGAUCGCCACGGCUCCUUUCUUGCGUGGGUGCCCUGGUCUCUCUACAAAAACUGCUCCUCAGAAACCACUCCCUUCAGUGGUUCGUCACUGUCACGCUGAGAACGCGGUGCGCGACCAGUUGACGAGAACUUCGGGAGGGGAGGGAGUCUCGGAUGAUGAGCCACGUCGGAACGGCAAAGCGCACCAAGAAUCCGUCGCUCCGGUACCUUCAGCGUCUUCACCAUGGGUCAGGGAGGCUCGAAGAAGAAGGGAAGCAUCGGGGCACAGCUUCGCGAGCAAGCAAAGCUUAUUAAGCGCGUUCAGGAGUACCUGAAGAAGCUGGACAAGUUGUUUGCAGAAUGGGAGAAAACUCAUCGCGGCAUUAGCCGAGCUACUGAUUCAUUCUUCAGCGCAGGGACUCCGUACCGGGACAAUGCUGUCGCCAUCAUGCAGCAUCUGAAAAUCUUCGAGAAGGCACGGGCGGAUCUGCGCCCUCAAAUCGUGGCUGUCGGGCAAACUGCCAAGGAACUCUUGAAGAAAGCAAAAAGCAUUGAGAAAUUGGUAGAGGAUCGAGACCAGCUUUCUCGGAAAGUUACGGCGCACAACAAGAAAUUAAACCGAUUGAAAACUAGAAAUUCGGAACGGCCGGAUGCGAAGACACAGCAAGACAUUCUAAAGGCCGAGGAGAAGCUUAACGCCAUGACGAAUCAGUUCAAAAUAAAAGAGAUGCAAGCGCAGUUCGAGACAAACAACGCAAUGAACACCAAGUACCUGGAUGCAGCUACGCUUGUCCACAGGAGUGUGCUGAUCGCCGUGACCUUCCUGCGUGUGACGACACCGGAGAUGCUUAAGGCAGAAGGAUAUCUCGGAGUCGUUCAACCGAAGGAUACUGGCGUACAUCCCUUGGGUAGAAGUGGUAGUGGGCAGCCGGUGAUGUUUCAGCUUGGGGGGAACCCGUCGAUCUCACCUGAUCCAAUACAGUCUGAGAUGCGGCCUGUUUCUCCUAGUAACGGAUUUGGUCCUAUAAUGCCCACUGCUCCGAACUCGCCAACACAUAUGGGUUCAAGUAUUCGCCAUGGCAAUGAAUGGGGCCCGAGCGAGUCUCCUGUUGCUCAGCAAGAGGGAGCAAGGGGUUUAAACGGUGUCGCGAACGGACACUCUUCAAGCACGACCUCUCCACAUGACGAGGUCAUGGGACACUCGAUGGAUUCGACGAGCUGUAAUGAAGUCUUUCAGCAUGGGAUCCUUACUCAGAAAUACAAAGAGGGCAUGGUGCAGAUUGCAGAAUUGCGGAAUCCUUUCGAUCCAGAAAUAUAGCGGGGGGAGAGCUGGCAAGACAGUUGUCCCCAAGAACGUGGGCAAUCACACCAGCGCUAAAGAGGGGCUGCGGUAACGCUAUGAGUACGAUGAGCGUCCUGGAUUGUUCGAGGGAGGGUAAGAUAUGUCACGACGCGACGGAGGUGUCUGAGUUCUGUCCACCCGUUUAGGAGAACAGAUGAUUCAACUGGUGGACAAUGCGAAGAGAACUCGCUGCAAAGUCGGAAUUAUGCCUUUCCUCGCUGCAUUACCUCCGAGGUCUUGCGGCACACAGGGGCACUUCUGCGUACACGGUUUGGUGUGACCCAUAUAGUAGGAUUUGUGAUCCUUAGCUUUAUUUCCUCUGUAAUAUGCUUGACAAUUUGUGAUGGUGACGGUGGGAAACUGGAAUAUGAUUGUUCGAGGCGGGCGUUGCCGCCUGUCUCCUCGUAUGGGCAGCUUUCAGAGGGUUGUACGUGCAAGCACCAGUUGUUCUAUCCACCGUGUCGCGCGACAGCGAUGAGGUGCCGAUCCUUUGUUGAAAUAUUUAAUACUGUGAUUAACGUAGCAUGCGGCAGACCAGCAUCCUUAACAGUGUUAUUUUUGCCCAUUUUCUACGCUGCCUAACUUGUAUGCGGUGUUCGAGAUCGGCUGCUGCGUUGAUGAUUCCUGAUAUUUGUUUGAAGACUGUGGUUGAGGUAUGGGAAGUCCAGGAUGUAUUCCGCCGCAUGACUUCUGACUGUUCUGAACCAGCUCUGAACCGUGUUUCGAGGGAACAGUUUCCGCACUCGACAGUUGUGGUUCAGCGUCGUGGCCUGCGUUUUUCGAAGUCAAAUGUUCCGAUAAAGGACUUCCCUGG